GCCGCGAUAGCAAUGUUGGUUUUAGGAUGGUUGUGAUUUGAAACCCCACUCGACCCGGGCAAGCUGCUUUCGCCGCCGGCAGCCAAUGCGAGCGAGGGGCGGCCAGUGCGAGUCAGGGGAGUUGUCUUCCACCCAGACAGCGGAUUGGACUGCCUUAAAAAGGGCAAACACGCGUCUACGUUUUUUCUACAUCGAGCACCCGCCUCCAACUCCUCUUGACGACCAGAAAUAGAAAAGCUUUAGUAGACACAAGUCAAGUGGCUAAAUAACACGUUUAGUCCUCGUUCGCGUCAACAGUUUUGCUAGCAUAGCUUUAGCUUCGGCAUCACCGACUCAGCGGAGUUAGCUUUAGCCGGAGGUUGGGGGGUGUUGUCAACAAACUCAGCCGGACAAAAACAUUGUUUGUAGCAAAAGUAGAGGGCGAACCGUUCAGUGAAUCGUCAAAUCGGUAUAAUAAGUUGUACCUUCGAGGGAAUGGCACUGGACUUCGCCGCGGGCUGCGUGGGAGGUGCUGCUGGUGUUCUGGUUGGCCAUCCAUUUGACACAGUGAAGGUGCGGCUUCAGGUACAAAAUGCGGACAAACCUCUAUACCGAGGGACAUACCAUUGUUUCCAGUCCAUUGUGCGCCAGGAGUCGGCGCUGGGUCUCUACAAAGGUCUCGGCUCACCCAUGAUGGGCCUCACCUUCAUCAACGCCAUAGUUUUCGGCGUGCAGGGCAACGCCAUGCGGAAGCUGGGCUGCGACACGCCUCUUAACCAGUUCCUGGCAGGUGCCUCGGCGGGAGCCAUCCAGUGCGUCAUCUGCUGCCCCAUGGAGCUCGCCAAGACGCGCAUGCAGAUGCAAGGCACCGGGGAGAAGAAGUCCAAGAGGAAGAUGUACAAGAACUCGCUGGACUGCCUGCUGAGAAUCUACAACAAGGAGGGCAUCCGAGGUAUCAACCGCGGCAUGGUGACCACGCUGAUCCGCGAGACGCCGGGUUUCGGUGUCUAUUUCCUGACGUACGAUGUGCUGACGCGCUCCCUGGGCUGCGAGCCGGAAGACCCUUACAUGAUCCCCAAACUGCUGUUCGCCGGCGGAAUGUCUGGCAUCGCCUCGUGGCUUUCCACCUACCCCGUAGACGUCAUCAAGUCCCGCUUGCAGGCCGAUGGCGUGGGUGGCGUCAACCGCUACAGCGGCAUCGCAGACUGCGUGCGGCAGAGCGUGCGCAAGGAGGGCUGGCGGGUGUUCACGCGUGGCCUCACGUCUACACUGCUGCGUGCCUUUCCGGUCAACGCCACCACCUUUGCCACGGUGACUCUCUUCCUGCUGUACAUGCGCAAGGAUGAGGAGUGCGUCAUGAAAGCCUCUGAGCCGCAGGCCGCGCCACUGCAGCCGCUACAGACGCAGGCUCAAGCCACGAGCAUCUAAAGCUGUUUACUGUGACCCGCUCGUUGCCGUCCACUAUCAAAGGAAGGCGUAAUAUUUAAUAAUGAUACAUUACCAUAAAAGCUGCACUUGUACAUACAGUGUGUUUUUAUAUACUUCUUUUUAAUGUCACUAACGAACCCUGUUCGCAACAGGAGUUACCGGAAUGGACAGCAACGGUUCCACAUGUCCAAAAAUGUGUCUUAAUGUGUGGAAUUGAACACGAGCAUAAACUGCCUUGUGGUGUCAAACAGCACCUGAGCAUUUUUUAACCAAAUGAAUACAACGCCUUUCAUGUACAUGGUUGUAAAUAUUACAUGUGUCGUUGUGUUUGUCAUAGGAACGGAAUGAUUCAAGGUGUCAUCUUUAGUUAUGUAUUACUUUUAGUCAUGAUAUUAUCGUGCUGGACAAGUCAUUCGGCAAUCAUCCACUUAUUUACUCCUGUCCUAAAAGAUUCUGUCCCUUUGAGCCAAAAUUCUGUUACAAUGUCAAAGCACAACUCAUAGUGCAGUGUUAAGCACAUUGUCCCCUCCAGGAGGUGCUGUUCUUCGCUGUUUGCUGCUUGCCUACAAACCCAAGCAGAGAAAGUAACAGCUGCUGCUUUUUUGACACUUGAAGCUGCUGUUUUAAAGUGAUUCUAUUUUUAGUAUUCUAAAUAAAUAUAAUAAAAGCAAUCAGUAAUCCUGUUAAAUCAAAAAUAUGUUUAUUUUUUACAUGAGAUGAAAUUGUUUUCCUUGGUGUUUUAAUGUCACAUCUGCCAUUGUCUUCAAUCAUCUAAAUGUCCUUCUGAAAAAAUAACCUGUCAUCUUAUUUCCUGUUGGAAAUGAUUUGCUGCAGUCAUCUGUUGAAAAGAUGUGCAGUUCAAUGUCAUGUAAAUUUGACACAUGCUGAUCUUUGAUGUUUCGAAAAGGAUCUACUUCAUGAAUGUAUCAUUUUCUCUGUUCUGUAAGUGCAUUGUUUUGCACCAAAGCCGUUCAAGUGCCAUGAGAAUGAAUGGUGAAAUAAAAGUCAUGACUACUAA